AUGAAGAGGAUAGCCGGGAUGAGAGAAGUUGCUAAGAUUGUGAGAUUUGGAUCAGUGACACCAAUUUCCGGAGCAGAUUUUGUGCGGGAGGUUUCCCAAGCUCCAGAAGAUGUCUGGGUGGUUGUGCUGCAUCACAAGGAAGGAGGCGAAGUCAGCGACUGCCAGAUACUUUUGCAGUGCUUAGACGAAUUGACCACAAAAUACCCUGCAACAAAAUUUGUCAAAAUUAUCUCUACCAAUUGCAUUCAGAACUAUCCAGAUUGUAAUCUUCCAACUGUUUUGGUGUACCACAAUGAUGCAUUGAAGUCGAAUUAUGUUGGAGUUCGUAGCUUUGGUCGGAGAUGCACACCUGAAGGCGUUGCAUUGACACUCUGCCAAUCAGAUCCUGUUCUAAACGAUGGGCGUAGCAAGAAGGAACAGUCCCGAGAAGCUGUGCUGGAAAGAGUAAGGGAAAGGUUUCUCGGGAAGGUUGUGGAAAGAGUGAUUAGUUCUGAAAUUAUGUUUGCAUCUUUUGCCAGUUUUGAUGAAAUAUGA